UAAUAGAAAUAUACUAAAAAUGCUAAUUAAAGAAAGUUUUCAAUAGUGUAUAUUAUAUUGAUAGCUAGAAAUAUCACGCAAAUGGAUUUUUGGAUCAAAAUGGAGGACACAAGAAAGACAAAAGCUACAUCAAGCAUAUACACAACAACAAUCAAUCACCAUCCACUAACAAAUCAACGCCCCGCAGACCCAAUUAUGAACCCCACAUUCUCCAGAAACGGACCCCGCACCUGUUGUACGCCCGUCCGGAAGAAAACGAGCCGGCAACGCCGCGCGGAAUCGCGCGAGACAGCGGCCUUUUCCCCUGCCGGUUUUCCAGCGAUCCAGCGUUUCCUUUCCAGAGAGAGGUCCAGUCGACGAACAGCGGGAGGCGCGCUACGCGGUCGGUGCUCGCUCGAUGCAGGUGCGCGUGCAACGACAACGAUCGACCGACUGACACGUGUUGCACGUCGGUGUCGCGUGCAGGAAGGAAGAGGUAUGUCAUGCGUGCAGGAGGAUUUGGCGUCGACGAUGCGAACGACGGACGGCGUCGUGGCGGCGGCGAUGCAGGAGGCGGCCCGAUUGACCGACGAAGAGCGGGAAAUCAUCCUGGGCGUGCUCGGCAGGGACGAGUUGAUCAGAAGGGAGCAACAGAUGAGAGUGCUACGUCUCAAAGCCGAGCUUCAGUCGCUGAGGCGCAAGGGGGCGCUCAAGCCGUGCUCGCCGCCGCCGCCGCCGCCGCCCGAACAACCCGAAACGACCGCCGUCUCCUCGAUCGCCGCCCCCGCCUCGCCGGAUCGCUGUUGCAAGCGAUGCAAAACGGAGCUGGGCCUCGUCAUCAAUAGGGGCGCCUACUGCAGAGCCUGUCGCUCGAAGGUGUGCAAAUCCUGCAGGGAGUACUCGUACAAGACGACCGAUUGGGUGUGCGUCGUCUGUCGCAAACAAAUGUGA